CACCACCUCAAGGCCGAGGCUGUUCAAGGACUAGAGGGUCUGUGAUCACGAAGCACGAGAGGAAUAUUUAAUAGCUUAAUCAUGGCCACAAGAAUCAUCGCCCGUCAGAUUUUCGACAGCCGUGGUAACCCCACUGUGGAGGUUGACCUCACAACCAGCAAGGGAGUGUUUCGUGCAGCGGUUCCCAGCGGGGCCUCCACUGGCAUCUAUGAAGCUCUAGAAAUGAGGGACAAAGAUCCUAAAGCUUACCAUGGCAAGGGUGUCUCUCAGGCCAUCAAGAAUGUUAAUGAUGUUAUUGCUCCAGCUUUUGUGUCUAAGGGACUUGAUCUCUCCAAACAAGAGGAAGUGGACAAGUUUUUACUGGAUUUGGAUGGAACAGAAAACAAGUCCAAGCUGGGAGCUAAUGCCAUCCUCGGUGUGUCUUUGGCAGCAUGUAAAGCUGGAGCAGCUCAUAAGGGUGUACCGCUGUAUCGUCACAUCGCUGACCUGGCAGGAAACAAGGAGGUGAUUCUGCCCGUUCCCGCUCUCAACGUCAUUAAUGGAGGCAGUCAUGCUGGCAACAACCUCGCCAUGCAAGAGUUCAUGAUUCUGCCAACAGGGGCCGGUUCAUUCCGUGAAGCUAUGAAGAUGGGAUCGGAGACCUACCACUGUCUGAAGAAUGUCAUCAAGAAGAAGUAUGGACAGGAUGCAUGCAAUGUUGGAGAUGAAGGUGGAUUUGCCCCAAAUAUUCAGGACAACAGAGAGGGAUUGGAUCUGCUGAUGAAAGCCAUCGAUGAUGCUGGUUACACAGGCAAGAUUAAGAUUGGCAUGGAUGUAGCUGCUUCAGAGUUCUACAGAGAAGGCAAAUAUGACCUGGACUUCAAGAACAAAAACUCUGAUCCAAGUAAAUGGUUGUCCUCGGAUGACCUGUCCAAACUGUACCAGCAGUUUUUGUCCAGCUACCCCAUCGACACCAUUGAAGACCCCUUUGAUCAGGAUGACUGGGAGGCCUACACCAAAUUCACUGCUGCUGUCACUCAGCAGGUUGUCGGUGAUGAUCUGUUGGUGACAAACCCCAAAAGGGUACAAGAUGCUAUCAAUAAGAAAGCCUGCAAUGCCCUCUUGCUCAAAGUCAAUCAGAUUGGCACUGUUACAGAGUCCAUUCAAGCGUGUAAGAUGUCUCAGGCUGAGGGGUGGGGAGUGAUGGUGUCACACAGGAGUGGAGAGACAGAGGAUACCUUCAUUGCAGACCUUGUGGUUGGGCUUUGCACAGGCCAGAUCAAGACUGGUGCCCCAUGCCGAUCUGAACGUCUGGCCAAAUACAACCAGCUGCUGCGUAUCGAAGAAGAGUUGGGAGCAAAAGCCAAGUUUGCCGGUGAGAAGUUCCGUAACCCUCUGGCUUGAAGUAAUGAUACUUUUGUUACUGCCUGAUGGAAGUAGAAUCAACAUGAUUCGUGACUGUUCCUUUCAUUACAUCAAGUAUUUUAUAUUUAAUAAUGCUUAUUAAUAUGUCAGCAGGCAAAGCUUUAUUGAAGAAUGUUAAUCCAUGUGGUUAUUGAGUUGUACAAAGAGUUGUUGAUGUACACAUACUUUUAAUAAUGGUUUCCGUGAGAUCCCAUCUGUGGUUGUUAACAGCAGUAGCUUAGCGUGUGUGUAUGUAGUAACCAUAGACAUGAGCAAGCAGGGCAGAAUACAAACGGGCAAGCUUAUGAUAACUUAGCCAAAUCAGUCACCAGACACUUUCUCACUUUCCAUUGCGCUCAGUUUAUAAGGUAAGAAUGAUUAAAGUCAAGUCUGUAUUAAAAUGAGACUGACUUUCUGUUUAAAUCAAGGCAUACAAAUUUUUUUUUAAAAAUUGUUAAUCUUAUUAGUUGUAAAUUUUUAGUGCUCUAUUUUAUUUUGCAUUUUUUCAUUUAUAAUGAGUAUUUUGCUCUUCUGUGAAGUUUUAAUCCACUUGAAAAGUGAUGACAUAUUGAUCAAAAUAAAUCCUUUAUUAGUGCUUACUAUUUUCUUUGUUCUGCAUUUUAGUGAUAUUGUAUGUGAAAAUGUUUCCUCAAAAAAAGUGAAAUGUUCCGAAAAUCUGGUCAUCUAAGAAAUCAUAAAUAUUACAAAUGCUUAUUUGUACAGCAGAUGUUUCCAAGAUCACAUUUCUUAUCACAGCACACUGUUUGCAUAUAUUCCUGUCAAAGAACAGUACUUAACUAAGUACUAUAUAAUGUCAUGGAAUAUGUUCUCUUUUUUGUCAGUAUCUCCCUUCUCCAGCGUUUUUCUUAUAGCUGCCUUAUAUGGAAAGGAUAAGGUGGAGUAUUGGGAAUAAAAAGAAAACGUUGAAGAAUCUCUA